AUGGCAGCCGAUGAAUGUAAUAUUCGAGUUGUGGCUCGUUUCCGUCCAUUGAACGAUUCUGAAGAACGAGCUGGCAGUAAAAGUGUUGUUAAAUUUCCAGCCGACCAAGAAGAAACUGUUCUUAUUAGUGGUAAAGUUUACGUAUUUGAUAAAGUAUUUCGUCCCGAUGCUACACAAGAGAAAGUUUAUAAUGAAGCAGCAAAAGAAAUUGUUAAAGAUGUUCUUAGUGGUUAUAAUGGUACUAUAUUUGCCUAUGGACAAACAUCCAGUGGAAAAACUCAUACAAUGGAGGGUAUAAUGGGAAGUGAUGGUCAACAGGGUAUUGUUCCUCGAAUAGUACAAGAUAUAUUCAAUCAUAUUUAUACGUUGGAUGCUAACCUUCAAUUUCAAAUAAAAGUUUCUUAUUUUGAAAUAUAUCUUGAUAAAAUUCGUGAUCUACUUGAUGUAUCAAAAACAAAUUUAGCUGUACAUGAAGAUAAAAAUCGUGUACCAUAUGUUAAGGGUGUAACAGAAAGAUUUGUUUCAUCGCCGGAUGAAGUAUUUGAAAUAAUGGAAGAAGGCAAAAACAAUCGACAUAUUGCUGUAACAAAUAUGAAUGAGCAUAGUUCACGUUCACAUUCAGUUUUUCUUAUUCAUGUUAAACAAGAAAAUGUUGAAAGUGAAAAGAAACUAACUGGAAAACUGUAUCUUGUUGAUUUAGCUGGCAGUGAAAAAGUUUCGAAAACUGGCGCUGAAGGUCAAGUCCUUGAUGAGGCUAAAAAUAUCAAUAAAUCUUUAUCGGCACUUGGAAAUGUUAUAUCAGCAUUAGCCGAUGGCACGAAAUCCCAUGUACCUUAUCGUGAUUCGAAACUAACACGUAUUUUACAAGAAUCUCUUGGAGGAAAUGCUCGUACGACAAUUAUUAUUUGUUGUUCACCAGCUAGUUUUAAUGAAUCAGAAACAAAAUCAACGCUGGAAUUUGGCAAAAGAGCGAAAUGUAUUAAGAAUUCAGUAAUGGUUAAUGAAGAAUUAACUGCUGAAGAAUGGAAACGUCGUUGGGAGAAAGAACGUGAAAAAGUAGCACGAUUAAAAGGUCAAUUGAAUCGAGCUGAAAUCGAACUUGAACGAUGGCGACGAGGUGAAACAGUAAAUAAAGAGGAACAAAUUAAUUUACAGGAACCUGACGAAACACUUCCUGUUAGUCAAUCCAUGCCAUCUCUGUCAACUGCUGUUUUAGGAGCACCUAUUGCAAUAGCCACUGGUGUUACUACAAUUGCACCUGUUAAUUAUGAACUUCGUUCUACUAAUGCUGAUGAAUGGGAAAAAGAACGUAUUGCACUCUACCAACAAUUAGAUGAAAAGGAUGAUGAAAUCAAUAAUUUAGCUCAAGCUAUUGAACGACUUAAAUCUCAAACAAAUGAACAAGAUGAAUUAUUUAACCAAGCUCGUAAAGAUAAUGAAAAUCUUCAAGCUGAAUUAAAUCGUCUUCAACAAGAAUGUGAAUCAUCAAAAGAAGAAGUAAAAGAAGUUCUACAAGCACUCGAGGAACUUGCCGUUAAUUAUGACCAAAAAACGCAAGAAGUUGAAACCAAAAGCAAAGAAAACGAAACACUUACACAAGAACUUGAAACAAAAUUGGCUUCAUUAAAUGGUAUUCGAGAAGAAUUAGAAAGUCUUCGUGAAGCAACGCAAACACAGCGCAAGCGUUUUCUUGAUAUGAUACUAGUACUGUUGCGUGAUGUGGGUGAUAUUGGUAGUAUAAUGGGUGGGCAAAUGAAUGAACAGAAAAAACCUACUAUUGAAAAUCUUGAUCAAGCCGAAGAAGAAUUCACUUUAGCUCGUCUUUAUUUAAGUAAAUUAAAAACAGAAGCAAGAAGUAUUAGUGGACGUUUAAGUGAACUUGAAUUAGAAAAAGUCGAUCAUCAAAAAGGUAUUGGAUUGAAAGAUAAAGAAUUAGAUGAAACACAUUUAUUGGUACAACAACACGAAGCUAAAAUGCGUUCGAUGAUCGAAUCAAUGAAAGAAUUAGAAGAUAAAAAACGAGCAUUAGAACAAACACAAGAUUCAUUAAAUGAAGAGCUAGUUAAACUACGAGCUCAAGGUCGAGUAACUAAUUCAGUUGGUUCAACAUCUGAUGUUCAAAAAGAAUUAACUCAACAAAUGGAGCAAAUAAGCGAACAACACCAAAAACAAUUAACAACAUUACGUGAUGAAAUUCGAGCAAAAGAAACACAGAUGGAAACAUUGAAAGAUUCUUUACAAAAGUUACAAUUAUCUUAUGAAAAAUUAUCUGGUGAUUUUGAAAAAUUGAAAAAAGAAGAAACUGACAAAUCAAGUCGACUACAAGAAAUGACUUUACAACAAGAACGUCGUGAACAAGCGAAACAAGAUUUGAAAGGUCUUGAAGAAACUGUUGCUAAAGAAUUACAAACGCUGCACAAUUUACGAAAAUUAUUCGUUCAAGAUUUACAAACACGACUUAAAAAGUCACAGAAACAACCAGAAGCAGAAGAUGAUGAUAUGGGUGGUAGUGUAGCACAAAAGCAGAAAAUAUCAUUUUUAGAAAAUAAUCUUGAUCAAUUAACAAAAGUUCAUAAACAACUUGUUCGCGAAAAUGCUGAUCUUCGAUGUGAAUUACCUAAAUUAGAAAAACGUCUAAAAGCAACAAUGGAUCGUGUUAAAUCCCUUGAACAAGCAUUAAAAGAUGCUAAAGAAAGUGCUAUGAAAGAUCGUAAACGAUAUCAAUGCGAAGUUGAUCGUAUCAAAGAAGCUGUAAGACAACGUAAUAUAGCUCGUCGAACCAAUGCAGCACAAAUUGUUAAACCAAUUCGAGCUGGAGUAAAUCCAUCGACAACUACUUCAACACCAAUUCCAACCAUACGCGGCGGUGGUGGUAGUCAAACAAUGGAUCAAUAA